AUGAAGAAACAAGUCUACUUGUGUGCAACACACCUCUUAAUACUCUUUCUUCUGUCAUCUAGUAUUGUCAGAGCUCAAGAAUGCAAGCCAAGUGGGAAACUCAAGGGAACAAAACCACCAAAAGACCAAUGCAACACAGCUGAUGGAGCCGAAUGCUGCGUCCAAGGCAAGCUUUACGACAUCUACAACUGUUCCCCUCCUGUCUCGAAAGCUACUGAGGCAAUUUUAACCUUGAACAACUUUGAGAAGAAUGGAGAUGGAGGCGCGCCAUCUGAGUGUGAUCAGGCAUACCAUUCCAAUAAGACCUCGGUAGUGGCUCUGUCGACUGGAUGGUUUAAUGAUAUGAAGAGGUGUCUUAAGAACAUUACUAUCUAUGGUAAUGGAAUGAGUGUGAAAGCUAUGGUGGUUGAUGAAUGUGACUCGACUAUGGGGUGUGAUAAGGAUCAUGCUUAUCAGCCGCCUUGUGAUGAUAACAUCGUCGAUGCCUCUGAAGCGGUUUGGAGAGCUUUAGGUGUGCCUGUCAAUGACUGGGGAUGGAUGAAUGUAUCCUGGUCUGACAAUGUUUGAGUUUUAUUUGUUGUUCUGACAUUUUAUUGUUGCGCUUGACUCAGGUGCCUUUCAUCAAAAACGAGAAAUGUAACUGUUACUGUAAUUGUUACUCUGUCUCUAGGAAGACAUACAUAUAUG